GUGACGAGCCCUGUGCUACAACAAAACAGUUCAGCCGUUGUCCACAAAUGGAUACAGGUGAGACAUUUUAUGUUGAACUUGCAUGUUAAUCGCUCAGACGACGACGACGACGAAGAAGAAAACAUCGGAGCCAAAACAGGCAUUGAUGUAGUCGGAAGCUAACGUUAGCAUGUCAGAGCCUCUACGUGUUAAGAUCUGUAACCUUAGCAGCUAGUUAGCUUACAACAUCUACCAUUGGACGGUCAUCGAUGGCUUCAAAGUAAGCCCUGCCCUGCCUUUUUACAUGAAACUUGGACGUUCUCACAGUCAUUCACUGCACUUUGUAGUCCUGUAACCUAUUUGUAAAUCAUGUCGAAAAUUGAGCGUCUGAACGCCCGUGUGGCGAAACUGCUGACGGUGGCGGUGAAUGAGGUUCUGGAGGUGGUGAAAGAGACUGUGUCUGAGUACCAGGAGAAAACAGCCAGAACUCAGAGAGAGAACUUGAGUCUGAGGAGGAGACUACAGGAACUUCAGGAAAAGAUGAAGAGAGAAAACACAGCUCAACAGUCUGCCCCUGCUCCCACAGCCAUUUCAGGUAAAACCGAGCAGGAGGAGGGAAGCGAGGGCAGCCCCUGGCCGCAGGACCCAGAGUCUACACAGUACGAGGACAAACCAUUGCUCACCCAGAAACCGUGGAGGAGACUGGAGUACAACAACUCACUGGAGCUAGACCACUUGGAGGACUCCGAGACUGAGUGUAAUGUCACACUAACGUUAGCCGAGCGUAGCGGAGAGCCUCCCGAGAGGUUGUCACAGGUGACAGAGGCAGCCCUGACUGUAUAUAUGCCUCAUUCUCUGUGUGACGCCGACCUAGACUCCAUGCACACUGGACAUAUGUCCUCCAACAUGUUACCCCUAAGCAACCCCAGCUCUCCUCCUCACCCAGGUCUGUUCUCGGGUGAAAUCAAAACCGAACCUGAGCACUUGGAAUAUUCCUCUGCCCCCCAAGAGACACCAGACCAGAACCCAUUUUUUGAGUGCGAAGACUCGAAUAGUAGUGCAACACAUAAUCACAGUGCCCCGGAACCAAUGCAGAACAACCCGGAAAUGCACGGUGUAGUGCACUACAUCAAUGCAGAAGGUCUAAACACCUUUGUGGACACGUUUCCCUUCACAUGUCACCCAGAGUUGGUCCAGGACGCCAGGCGACAAAAUAGGCCUCUGCUUAGGCGUGAAGAGAGCCACAGCUGCAUCCUGUGCGGGAAGACGUUCAGCCGGAUCGGGAAUCUUCGAAUCCACCAGCGCUGUCACACAGGGGAGAAACCCUACUGCUGCCUGCACUGUGGGAGACGCUUCAGUCACGCUGGGAACCUGCAGAAACACAAGAGGGUUCACACUGGGGAAAGACCGUAUGGCUGCCAACAGUGCGGCAAGACUUUCAGUCAGUCCAGUCACCUUAAGAAGCAUCAGAGAAUUCACGUUGUCAGGCAUCUUAGUGUUGAAUAAAGUUUCAGACUUUCAGAUUUAAUCGUCCUUGAAUCAAAAGUGAAGUGCAUUUGUUGAACUUUGGCCUGUUUGUAUGGAUGUUGGGGUGAUUUUUGUGCUGCACCCCCGACGCAUAGUGUGCCACUUACUACAUGGUCACAAGGUAUAACGUAGACCACACUUUUUGAGAGUGAAAUUGGAGCUAGUUUGUGUAACAGCGUUGUCUGUCCCUCUCCAUGCUCGAACCAGGGACCCUCUGAACACAACAACUGUCUCCAAAGUAUCAUUAACUAUUGCUCCACAAAAGCUGCAGACCUUGCAAAGCAUGGGAAACAACUACUUCAAGGUCUUGGAGCAGGUGAUCUCACCGAUUUGAACGCUACUGGUGCACGCCGCUAACUAGCUAGCCAAAUUUUUACAUUGGCUGCACUCAACCUACAUUGACCUCCUCUGGACAAAGCCCAACUGAGUGAUCCCGGUCAAAAGCAUUCAUGUAACAGUGUUGCUUCCGUCCCUCUCCUUUCUUGAACCAGGGACCCUAUGAACACACCAACAAACUCACCAACAAAGCAUUGUUACCGGUCACUCCAUAAAAGCUCCGGUUUUUGCAGAGCAAGGGAAACCUCUACUUCAAAGUCUCAGAGCGGGUGACGUCUACUAGCGCACACUGCUAACUAGCUAGCCAUUUCACAUCGGUUACACUGGGAUCAAACCAGCAACUGGCCUGUAGAGCCAACAACGUGACUGUGACUGCACUAACUGCAUUCCCUAUAGUCAACUCAUGGAAGUGUUUGUAAGAUCAUUACAAUGUGAGUUAUCUUAAUUGACAUAAUCAAGCAUGGAUCAAUACACACUAUAUGGACUGACAGUGUGUAUGCAGCAUGUGUUUCAUAGAUAAGCUGUUCAAAUAAAUGUAUAAUUGGUUGAUGUGUGACAGCAUUUGAUACUUACAGGCUCAUUGGAUAAUUCACCCAAAUGACAAAAUCACAUAUUGGUUUCCUUACCCUGUAAGCAUAAUGUCCUGUGGUUUGUUUAAUUGAUUCUCCCCUUAAAAUGACCCUAAUUCAUCGGAGUGGAUCAGCUUGAGCAAAGUGAGGUGUAGAAUCACUGAUCUACAUAGUAGAUAAUAGUAUUCCCUGCCAAAUAAUAGGCUUUGUACAAUUACGUUUUGUAGAGCUUUGCCUCCACUGGCUUAGGCGAUCCCACAGCUGAACACUCUCACACAACCAGACAUUGAUUGAUUGGACACAGCGUAUGUCACCUAGAAAAGGACGUUUUAGUAGAAACUUUGUGCACUUGCUCAGCUGGCUCAAAGUAUUAUUAUUAAUAGUGGAAGAAGUUCACAUAUUGAGAUAUCUUCCAAGAAAAGAUGGGGGUGGCAGGUAGCCUAGAGUGUUGGACUAGUAACCAAAAGGUUGCAAGAUCGAAUCCCCGAGUUGACAAGGUAAAAUCCUGUUGUUCUGCCUCUGAACAAGGCAGUUAACCCACUCGGCUGUCAUUGAAAAUAAGAAUUUGUUCUUAACUUACUUGCCUAGUUAAAUAAAGGUUAAUAAUCAUUUAAAAAAAACAAUACCUUCAAAUGCUAAGUUUAAAAAUAGUUAUCAUUGAAGCAGCUGAAGUAAGAAUGCAUUGAAACCCAUCUAAGAAUGCAUUGAAACUCAUCUUAAUUCAUGCAAACCCUUCACAUGUGGGAAUUGGUCUACAUGGAUAGGGCUAAAUGUUAUAGAAUAAAUACGAAAAGCAGAUGCAUAACCAUGAUUUUGGAGUUAAUGGGGAUAUUAUUAGACCAAAGGUGAGUACACAACAGUUCACCAGGCACAAGUCUUAAUCCAAACAUUACAUUGAUUUUAAAUGUGUAUUUUAUAUUUACUGUACUUUUCGCCGCAUUUGUUGAUAAUGAAAUCAGAAACUACUCCGGAUACAUUUAGUAACAAGACUUUUGCUGGAAAAUUGUGGAAGACAAAAAUGACAAGGGUGAAAGGACUAACUGGUCUCCAAGUGACCACACGCCUCUCAAGUGUCUACAGUUCCUAAUCCAUUUCAAUGCACUUUUAUGACUCAAAGAAGUCUUCAACUAGGUACAUUUCUUUUACCUAUAUGAUCUGACAGUGUUAGGCUUUCACAAGGAAAUUCAGAGAAACAGAUUGUAAUUUUGGUUCACAUAGAAAGGAGACACGAGUACAUUCAGGUGCGUGUGCCACAACAAAUUUUCUUCCCCAUAAACAAACAGGUUCAUUGUGUUCAGAACAACCCAGUGUAUGAUGACAUAACAGACAACAACAAAAUUGCAGAAGUUGCCCAAUUAUCGGGAGGGAUGGGGGCAACUUCUUGUUGCGUGCAGUGCUCAAAUUCAGAAUGUCUUGUCAGUCAAAAUACACAAUGCUGUGAAUUGCCAUGUAUAGCAUGUUGCUGUACACUACGUUCCAAUUUUGGUGCUUAUUAGUGUCCAAAUAUGCCAUUUUCAACCCAUAUAUACGGGUAUGAGUGUGAAGGGCUUACAUGCUCACGGAUUAGAAGGUAUCAAAAAGCUGAAUGUAAAUAUUGUUAGCAUAGCUUUCACCUGGUUAGUCUGUCAUGGAAAGAGCAGGUGUUCUUAAUGUUUUGUGUGCUCAGUGUAUAUGAACGCUCUCUGCCUAAAUUGAAAUGUUUAUUUAUACAAUGACAAAAAUAGUACAAUAAAUGUAAGUACCUGACGAUAGACACAAGGAAGCACAAUAGAUGUACAGGACAACAGUAUGUUGAUGGCUGUAGGUUUGUGAUUGUCUGUUUUAACAUGGGAAUAACUGGGAGCUAAUGUGACCAUUACAAUUAGAGCAUGCUAGCUAACUCGCUCUUACAGCAAUAACAUACAAAACACAUCCCAGGAUGCAUCAAAUAUCUAACAGGUACUGUUCAAAAGCUUGUGGUCACUUAGAAAUGUCCUUGUUUUUGAAGGAAAAGCACAGUAUUUGUCCAUUUUAAAAUGACAUCAAAUUGAUCAGAA